GAAAAUACAAUGUACUAUGGACCUUAAGAAUUUUCGUUCGUAUCUGUUUGCAUGUUGAGCUCGGCAUGCUCUCUUGAUCAUUUGUUGAUUCCCAACCCUCCCAACACUGUUCAUUACAUUGAAAAAUCGUACAGUGCAUGAUCUAUAUCUGCAAUUUAUAUAGCAGAACCUGAACUGAUAUUCUUGCAAGAUGCCUGCCAAAGGAAAGAGAUGGUUGCUUGUAAAACACUUUGAUGGUUUCCCGAAGGAAAGUGACAUGAGGCUAGAGGAGUUUGAUCUACCAGAACUCAAAGAUGGGGAAAUAUUGAUGGAAGCCGAAUAUUUAUCGGUGGAUCCGUAUAUGAGACCUUACAGUGCCACAUCAUCAUUAAAUACUGUCAUGAUCGGGCAACAAGUGGCAAAGGUCAUCGAGAGUCGUAAUGAAGAUUUCCCUGUAGGUACAUGGACUCUUCCAUUUACUGGUUGGACAACACAUUCUGUGAGCACUGGCAAGAAUCUCAUGAAAAUGCCUCCACUCCCUGAGGGAAUACCCCGUUCAUACACCAUUGGAUCACUGGGUAUGACAGGUGUUACAGCGUACUACGGUCUUCUGGAUAUCACUGAUCCUAAGCCAGGAGAGACUGUCCUGGUUAGCGGAGCUGCAGGUGCUGUAGGGAACGUUGUUGGACAAAUUGCCAAGAUCAAGGGAUGUCGAGUGAUCGGGUCGGCAGGAAGUGAAGAGAAGUUGGAGUAUCUGAAGGAACUUGGUUUUGAUGAAGUCUUCAACUACAAGACAACACCGAACCUUGAUGCCAAGCUUAAGGAACUAGCUCCAGAUGGAAUCGAUGUAUAUUUUGACAAUGUUGGGGGCGAAUUCGCGACAACAGCAGUCCAAAAUAUGAAGAUCGAAGGACGCAUCUCAUGCUGUGGAUCUAUAUCGGCUUAUAAUCUCAAAGAAACACAGCUGUUGCCAGCCCUAUUUGGUGUGAUGGUCAGGAACCAUCUCAAGAUGCAGGGCUUUAAUGUGAUGCAAUAUAUCACCAGAUGGGGAGAAGCAGUCACCCAACUUGGCAAAUGGGUCGGUGAGGGUAAGCUGAAAGUGAAGGAACACAGGACUGAUGGAAUAGAGAACAUGUUCAAGGCUUUCACUGAACUAUUCACCGGAGCUAACACAGGAAAGGCCAUCAUCAAGGCUUAGUUUGAUUUGCAAAAAUGAUACCCAGAUGCAACAUCAUUAUUAUCAACUCUAAACUGACCUAAAAAGGACCAUAUUAGCUAUGAAGUUACUUCAGGGUAUGAUAAUCAUGUGGUUUUUUAUCUGGCUGUCAAGGAAGCGAGUGUAUUCUUGCACAAAAGGGAUAGAGUUUAGUUUAGGAACGUGAUAAUGAGGAUUUAUGUUUUUCAAAGGGCACUACUGCGUCGUCGUUACAAUCACAAUUAGGUCUUUCCUUCUGCACAGAUCCAUGGUUUUAUGGUCCUAAGUAAUUUUGAGGGCAUGUGCAGAAAGAGCUGUGAUCAACUGCAACUUUUAAAGUCAAACACAUGAUUUUCAACCCCAUAAAAAUAUCCAUUUAGAACUUGCAAUUAGAUUUUUGAGUUGUCACUCUGUUGUCAGACAAGGGCUGGACUGGCAAUUCAGCCAAGUAUCACUCGGGAGUUCAUCAGUCCAGUUGUUGUUCUAUUAGCAACCUGGGGGCUGUUUCAUGAUCCUUUCUUAUGUGCUAAACCAUCGCCACUGAACAUUUUGGUGUAUACCAUUUACCACGAGAAAGGAUCACCAGUCACUCUUACCUCACGAACAUUAUGAAACAUCCACCAGGGUCUGUAACUUAAAUCUUAGCGAUUGAUUGUGGCACUGAUUUCUAUGAUUGGCUGCAUUGAUUAUUGUGUAUGAUCAAUCUUAGAACUCCGUCCCAAGGUCAAUCACAGAGCUUAAUGUUAUAGGGCCCAGAUAGAGAUCUAUGAUAGAAAAUUUAAGAAAUAAUAUCAUAUACUAGUUUAUUUUAAGAAAGUUCAUGUCAAAACAAGUUUUAAACAAAUUUUUAUCUCAGAUUUGUUUUCAUAUUGAAUAUAUACAUGCUGCAUAAAAGAUCCAUAUCCAAUUUUUGGUGAACUCUAGAAAUGAAAAAAAUAUCAGCAGCUUCCAAAAACAAUGGUAAUAAUGUUAAUGAGAUAGUAUAGUAAUACUUAUUUAUUUUGUUAUUCAUAGCGAUCAUCAUCGUGGAGGUAUUGUGAUCUCGUGAAUCAGUCUCUUGCCUU